CCGGAGCCGCCCCGGGACGGGGAAGAGGAGGCGCCGCGGGGCCGGUUGCCGGGAGACGCCGUACACAAGGGGGCGGCGGGGGGAGGUCCGGCCCGCCUCAGUCCCGCGGGCCUCGCUGGCGCCCGGGUCCGCCUCGCCUGCCUGCAGGGCUGGCAGUCGCGCUCCUGCUGCCCGCCCGGCCGCUCCCUGCCAGGGCUUCGGCAAGCCUCGCUCGCCGGCCGGCCGGCCGCCGGGUUGGAUCCGCCCACUCUUCUCCGCUUGCACCCGAAGAUCCGGCAAGUGGCCGGUCAUCAUUCCUGAAGAGGAGUUGCUUCUGAGUAAACAUCACAGAAGGAUCUUGGACAUCAUAGACAGGCACCAUCUCUGUUAUCUUUUUGGCACCUGUUGAAGACUUUCCUCUUUCAACAAGCCUUAGCAAGUAGAAGGAUAGCACCAGAAGUUGGAGAUGACUGCAGAUGUGUGGGUGGGGAGCUGGCGCCCCCACCGGCCCAGAGGACCAAUCGCUGCCCUCUACAGCAGCCCCGGGCCCAAAUACGGUCUCCCAACCAAUGUAGGCUAUCACCAACAUGACCCUUCUCGCUGCCGUGCCCCUGCGUACAGCAUUGGCGCCCGCCGGUUUCAGGACCAAGAGAGCUGUUCCCCCGGGCCGGGCUACCUCGUCCCCCCCAACAUGACCAUGAAGGGCAAGGGUGGGAUUCCAGCAUACUCCAUCUAUGGACGCCCCAGGGACGUGGCACCUUUUAUGACUCCAGGGCCAGGGUGCUAUUCCCCAGAGAAAGCCGGGAGGUGGGCCUAUCACUCUGCCCCCGUGUACUCCCUUGCUUACCGGACGAAGGAAUUUCAGAAUGACCAGACGCCAGGCCCUGCAGCGUAUUGGCUCCCCCCUAUGCUUGGGCCCAAGGUGGUCAACAAGAGCUCAGCCCCCAAUUACUCCAUUUAUGGGCGCAGCUCAGUCGGCAGCUUCUGUGAGGACCUCAGCAAGACUCCAGGGCCCUGCAACUACCGCCUGGUGGAUCCCAGCAUCUACAAGAACCGCCCGCCGCAUUUCAGCAUGCUCGCCCGCAACAUGCCCCCGGGGGACAACACUGUGAAGCCAGGCCCAGGAGCUUACAGCCCCGAGAAGUAUACCCUGCAACGUGGCUUGACCUUCGGGAUCCGCCACUCGGACUACGUGGCUCCUCUCAUUGUGGAUGUGGCAGAGUAAGCCGGACCCAUCGGCAGCGAUGGGCUGGACAAGAAACGUUCAUUUGGGAACCUUGGAUCUCUUCAGCCUUUGUGUAGUUGCCAGAAAUUGGGGGGGGGGUUGACAGCAUAUAAGGCC